UAAUCAUCUGCUUGUUUUUUACGCAUUUCUGUAGACUUCUUUUAUUCCUAACUUGUCAUGAUGUAAACCCAGGAGAAGGCUUUGGAACAGCUCAAGUUAACAGAAAGCAAGACAGUAGCUGUUGGGCAGAAAAUGGACCUGGUUUUCCAUACGCUACAGAUUGGCUUUUUCUAUAUGCAUUUCGAUCUUAUUUCCAAGAGCAUUGAUAAAGCAAAGAAGUAAGGGGUGGCCUGAGGAGGGAGGUGAUUGGGAAAGGAAGAAUCGUCUAAAGGUGUAUGAAGGCUUAUACUACAUGUCUACUCGAAACUUCAAGAAAGCCACCAGUUUGUUUCUUGAUUCGAUCUCAACUUUCACAACUUAUGAACUUUUCCCAUAUGACAACUUCAUAUUUUACACGGUUUUUACCAGCAUCAUAUCGUUGGAUAGAGUUUCCUUGAAACAGAAGGUAGUUGAUGCUCCUGAGAUCUUGACAGUUAUUGGGAAAAUCCCGCUUCUGUUGGGGUUUUUGAACUCUUUAUAUGAUUGUCAGUAUAAGUCAUUUUUCUCAGCAUUUGCUGGCCUGAUGGAGUAAAUAAAAUUGGACCGUUAUUUGCAUCCCCACUUCCGGUA